AUGGAGUCCCUGAAGACAUUGCUAGUCGCCAACCGCGGCGAAAUCGCCGUCAGAAUUCUGAAAUCAGCGAAGAAGCUGAAUCUCCGGACAGUGGUGGUCUAUACUGAACCGGAUGCUGCUUCUACCCAUGUACACCUGGCAGAUGAGGCCGUCCUUUUACAAGGGGCACCAUCCAAGGCCUAUAUUGACGGAGAACAAAUAAUCGAUAUCGCGAAGAAAUACAAAGCAGAUGCAAUCAUACCAGGAUACGGAUUCCUAUCCGAAAACGCGGACUUUGCACGAGCUGCUUCUAGCUCAGGCAUAGCCUUCGUGGGUCCUUCACCGGAGAGUAUCGAAGCCUUCGGACUCAAGCACACUGCACGAGAUCUUGCUACAAAAGCCGGUGUUCCUAUUGUGCCAGGCUCGAAGGGACUGGUAAAGAGCGAGGAUGAUGCUGUCACAAUAGCGAAAGAACUUGGGUUUCCAGUCAUGCUGAAAGCCACAGCGGGGGGUGGCGGAAUGGGCUUACUUACAUGCAACACAGAGAAAGAAGUCCGUGACUCUUUCGCCACCGUUAAAUCUAGGGGCGGGGCCUUGUUCAAGAAUGACGGCGUCUUCAUCGAACGCUACUAUCCGUCAAGUCAUCAUAUUGAAGUACAAGUGUUCGGAAACGGGGAUGGUAAGGCCAUAUACUUCGGUGAACGUGAAUGCUCCAUUCAGAGGAGACAUCAAAAGGUUAUAGAAGAAUGCCCAAGUCCGUUUGUUACCAGAAAUCCUGGGCUACGGGAGAGAUUGGGUGACGCGGCCGUCCGCCUUGCGGAGUCAAUUAAGUAUGGAUCGGCUGGGACGAUCGAAUACCUUGUAGAUGACGAAACUGGCGCAUUCUUCUUCCUUGAGAUGAAUACACGCCUCCAGGUCGAGCAUGGCAUAACGGAGCUAUGCUACGACAUUGACCUGGUGGACUUGAUGUUAAAACAGGCCAAUGCUCAACUCUCAGGAAGAAAAGGCCUUGACGCAGCGUACCUGGCAAGCCUUGCAGUAAGCGCGCCUUCAGGUGCCGCCAUCGAAGCUAGAGUUUACGCCGAAAAUCCGGCCAAAGAUUUUGCUCCCUGCCCUGGUAUACUGCAGACGGUAGAAUGGAAGGAACUGCCGGGGUCUAGAAUCGACACAUGGGUUUAUAGGGGUGUUAAGGUGUCAGCAAACUACGACCCGCUGCUUGCGAAGGUUAUGUAUCACUCUCAAAGCAGACAGCAGACUAUUGAAGGAUUGAAGACAAUAUUAACAGAGUCACGUAUCUGUGGCCCUCCAACAAACCUGGCGUUCCUGGCUGAUGUUCUUGCGGAUGACACUUUCGUCGCUGGGAGAACAUUGACUCGCUUUCUUAAUGACUUCAACUACCAACUGUCUGCUAUUGAUGUUAUUUCUGGCGGUGCAUAUACACUCAUUGAAGAUUGGCCUGGCCGUCCAACCUUGGGAAGGGGUUUUUGCCAUUCGGGGCCGAUGGAUCCCAUGGCCUUCCGCAUUGCGAAUGCACUUGUUGGAAACCCUAUGGGUCUGGAGGCCUUGGAAAUAACCUUGAGUGGACCGGAACUACGAUUUCUGGGGCCAGCACUGAUCUCAUUAUGUGGUGCUCCAAUCGAAGCUAAGCUUGACGACGCACCCCUCCCGAUGUGGUCGAGGGUGAAGGUCUCAGCUGGCCAGCGUCUGAAAAUCGGGAAAACAACGGGUAACGGCUGCAGAGCUUACCUUGGUGUCUUUGGAGGGUUCUUGAAUGUCGCAGAGUGGUUUGGAUCCAAAUCAACCACUCCAGGUGUUGGCGUCGGGGGCUAUCAAGGCAGACAGCUUGCCUCUGGUGACCUUCUUUCGAUUACUACCCAAGUACCAGAAGUGAGCGGUGACCUCCGCUUACCGCAGCAUCUUAUUCCUCAGUACCCUGAUCACUGGGAGUUUAUGGCCAUGCCAGGACCGUAUGAUCAGGGGUAUCUCGUUCCCGACAGCAUUGACAUGCUCUAUAGCGCAAGCUUCAAAGUAUCGCACAACGCCGCUAGAGGAGGCAUCCGUCUGCUAGGCCCGAAGCCUACUUGGGCUCGCACAGAUGGUGGUGAAGGCGGUGCGCAUCCUUCUAAUCUGAUCGAGUACGGCUAUGCAAUAGGAUCUCUCAAUUGGACGGGUGAUGACCCGGUCAUAUUCCCCGUGGAUGCGCCUGACCUGGGGGGUUUCGUCAGCAGUCAUACAAUCUGCAAAGCCGACCUAUGGAAGCUGGGGCAGGUAAAAGCAGGUGAUACUCUGAAAUACCGUGCUACGUCUUUGGAGGAUGCUCUAUUCGCUCGCAAAGGGCUAGAACGGUUUAUCGAAGAGGUUGCUCAAGGCUGCCAAAGGGGUGAUCUCAGUAACAUAUCGCCCGUCAAUGGGGACCUAACUCCAGAGCUGACAGCAGAGAAACGUGGACAGGGUGUCAUACACCAGAUCCAGGAAAGUGGGAGCCAACCUCUUGUUUCAUAUCGUCAGGCCGGCGACGACUAUCUGCUUGUUGACUACGGCACUGGGUCCUUUGAUCUGAACCAUCGCUGUAGAGCUACUGCUUUAAAGAAAGCUUUGACUGAAGGAACUGGCGAUAUUACCUUUGCGAACGGGCUAAUCUCAAUUAUGGGAAGCGGAAAUACUUUAAUGAUCUACUAUGACGGACUAAAAAUCCCACAAAAGAAGCUCCUAACCUACCUCUGUGACAUCGAGACAAAACUUGGUGAUCUCAGCCAAGCGAAGUUCCCCAGUCGGCUAUUCAAGCUCCCUCUCUCCUUCGAGAGCCAGAGACAAAAAGACGCAAUCACCCGAUACAUGGAGACGCAGCGUCCCUACGCUUCCUACUUGCCCGACAACAUCGACUUCGUAGCGAAGAACAAUGCCUUCAGCAGAGACAAGUUCGAACGGAUCUACCUAACCGCCUCCUUCAUGGUUAUAGCAGUUGGUUUCUUCACUGGUCUCCCGCUCUCCCUCCCUGUCGACCCACGCUACCGGAUGAAUUGCCCAAAGAUGAACCCCAGCAGAGUCUACACACCAGCCGGCUCAGUCUCCUGGGGCGGUAGUUGCAUGGCACUAUACAACGUAGACUCACCCGGCGGCUACCAAAUGACCGGCAUGACCAUCCCGGGCGUCGACAUUCUCGGCUCCAAGAAAGGCUACGAAGCCAACAGACCAUGGCUAUUCGAAGACUUCGACCAGAUCACCUUCUACCGCGUCUCCGAAGAAGAAUACGAGAAGCAGCUCGCUCUCUUCAACAGCGGCAGGUAUGAAUACCAAUGGGAAGAGGUGAUCUUCGACAUGGCGGAGCACAAUAAACUCCUCCGUGACACCGCGGACGAAGUCGCAGCUAUUCGGAGCAAGCAGCGACAGGCACAAGCUGAGAUGGACAAGCUCGAGACAGAACUGCUUGAGCGGUGGGCGAAGGAGAAAGCAGAACGGGGUAUCCCGAUGGAUACGAUUGAGAGUCUAUUGAAGGACCCUGACAUCACCCCCAUUGAAGCGCCAUUGAACGCCAAUGUCUGGAAAGUAGAAGUCAAGGAAGGUGAUAAGCUUGACAAUGAUCAGCUAGUGGUUAUUCUGGAGGCUAUGAAGCUGGAGAUUGCCGUGCGCACGGAGUCCCUCGCUGCUGGGUCUACCGUGGAGAAGAUCCUGGUUCAACCGGGUGACUCGAUAGAAGCUGGGAAGCCUUUGGUGUUGGCGAGGAGGGCACAGAACUAA